AUGCCAGGUCGCUGUCUUCACUGCUGCCUUCUGUCGGAGCUUCUGGGGGGGAGCGCCUGCAGGGGAAACACAGCUAGCACACGCGACCAGUGGUGUGAUUACAACAUCCACACGGAUUAUACGACGGUCGUUCCAACGACAAAUGUGACUCGCGAGUAUUGGUUCAAUUUGGAACGCGUUACCGUAGCACCAGAUGGACGUUCAAGGAAAGCAAUUGCGAUAAAUGGCUCUAUUCCAGGUCCUACCAUUGAAGCAAAUUGGGGCGAUGAGGUCGUCAUACAUCUCACCAACAGUCUCCCAAAUGACCUGCAAAAUGGAACUAGCAUUCACUUCCAUGGAAUCCGGCAAUUUUGGACAAACCAGAACGACGGUGUUGUGUCAAUCACCCAAUGCCCGACCGCACCAAACAACACGAUCACCUACAGAUGGCGUGCUAUGCAAUACGGCACGACCUGGUACCAUUCCCACAUAGGCUUACAAGCCUGGGAGGGACUAUUCGGCGGCAUUGUGAUUCAUGGUCCGGCCAGUGCGAACUACGACGAGGACAAGGGUGUUAUAAUUAUGAACGAUUGGGAUGUCAACACUGUGGAUGAGCUGUUCACCACUGCCCAAAAAGAUGGUCCUCCCACACUUGACAACGCUUUGAUUAACGGAACCAACGUAUUUGGAUCGGAUGGUGCAGCCAACCAAACUGGUACUCGCUUUAAUACAUCUUUCACCGAGGGAACAUCUUACCGGCUUCGCCUUGUGAACGCUGCGUGCGACACCCACUUCAAGUUCUCUAUCGACAAUCACAUCCUGACGGUCAUCGCAAACGACCUUGUCCCAAUCACGCCCUACAAGACAACUAUUCUGAACAUUGCGAUGGGACAACGAUACGACGUCAUCGUCAAGGCCGACAAGGCAUCGACCGCGAAGAAUUUCUGGAUGCGCGCUAUUCCUCAAACCGCCUGCUCCGAAAAUAAAUCACCCAAGAACAUCAAGGGAAUCAUAUACUAUGGCGAUAAGCCUGCGAAUCCAACCACGAUUGGUCAGAGUUAUACCGACAGCUGUUCCGACGAGGACAUGUCGGAUCUGUCUCCGAUUGUCUCCGAAAGUGUUUCUUCGAGUCCCUAUUAUAACAGCUCUGAACCAGUCUCCCUUGGCAAGAACGGGGGUAGCCUUUACCGAUGGAAACUCAAUUCAACCUCCAUGCACGUUGACUGGACAGACCCGACUCUGCUCGAGGUUUACCGGGGUCACCACUCAUGGGCCAACACCAGCGGGGUGAUAGAACUUCCCCACAAGAAUGUGUGGACCUAUGUUGUCAUUGAAACCACUCUGUCUGUGCCUCACCCAAUCCAUCUACACGGGCAUGACUUCGUCAUUGUGGCUCAAGGCACUGGAACAUACGAUGGCGAGAUUACUACGCUCGCCAAGCCACCCAAGCGUGAUACCGCCAUGUUGCCAGAAAAUGGUUACUUGGUUAUUGCCUUCAAAACCGAUAACCCAGGAGCGUGGCUCAUGCAUUGCCAUAUCGGCUGGCACACCGAGGAAGGUUUUGCGAUCCAGUUUAUCGAGCGCUAUAAUGAGAUCAAACCUCUGAUUGAGUAUAAGAAGCUGUAUCAAAACUGCGAGACCUGGGGUACAUACGAGAAUAAGUACAUCGUCGCCCAAGACGACUCGGGUAUUUAA